CCACUUCAGUUUCACGGAUUACAAGAUGGAAAACUUCUCCUCAUUUUCAGAGGUGAACCACACUUUGGGGAUUUGGGCGGACUACAGCAUGCAGUACAAAGCUAUAAGCAGUUUGCUGCUUUUUGUGAUCUGCGCUUCGGGCAUUGUUGGAAACAUCAUGGUUAUCCUGGUGGUUCUCACGACCAAACACAUGAGGACUCCGACCAACUGCUACCUGGUCAGUUUGGCUGUGGCUGACCUAAUGGUACUAACGGCCGCUGGUCUCCCUGCCAUCACGGACAGCAUCUUUGCAACUUGGGUGUUUGGUCGCUAUGGGUGUCUCUGUAUCACCUACUUCCAGUAUCUCGGGAUCAACGCCUCCUCCUGCUCCAUUACAGCCUUCACCAUCGAGAGGUACAUUGCCAUCUGCCACCCGAUUAAAGCCCAAUUUCUGUGCACAUUGUCCAGAGCAAAGAAGAUCAUCUUGUUCGUUUGGGCUUUCACUUCGAUUUACUGCGUAAUGUGGUUCUACCUGUCAGACAUCCAGGAGCUGGUGUACGAAAACAUCACCAUCAUCACCUGUGGCUAUAGGGUUCCCAGAAAAUUCUAUUUGCCUGUUUAUUUUUUCGACUUCGGCGUCUUUUUUGUGCUGCCGCUUCUGCUCUCCGCCGUGCUGUACGGACUUAUUGCUAGGAUCCUCUUUCUAAACCCACUCCCAUCUGAGCACAAAGCAAAGAAGAAGAGCGGAGCAAACAACCCGAAGACGAGUUGCAAGAACUCCCGUCACUCCAGCUCCACCGCAACGUCGCGCAGACAGGUAACCAAAAUGCUGGCAGUGGUGGUGAUCCUGUUCGCCGUGCUCUGGAUGCCCUACCGCACUUUAGUGGUGGUAAACUCCUUCUUGGACCAGGCAUACUUGGACAGCUGGUUCUUGCUUUUCUGCAGGAUAUGCAUCUACCUCAACAGUGCCAUCAACCCAGUCAUCUACAACGCCAUGUCUCAGAAGUUUCGUGCAGCUUUCCAGAAGAUCUGCCACUGUGGGAUGAAGGGUUCAGACAAGCCUGCUGCCCACAGCCUGGCUCUCACCUACAAUGUUGUUAAAGACACCUCGCUCGUGGAAAGCACCGACCACUUCUCCACCGAACUUGAGGAUCUUACAGUGACAGAUGAGCUGCUGUCGGAUCAGAAGAUGAUGUUUUCCGACCCAUGCGUUUAUGGGAAGACGAAUUUUAGUGAAGCCUGAGGUUGGUUUAAGGUCAGACAGAAGGUUCUGUGGCCCAACUGAGAAUUAAAUACUUUCAAAGUGUUGCCUGAUGGAGUUUCUUAAGUGGCAAAUACUGUUUGCUGAGUGCCUG